CUAAUGAAAACUGUGAGAGAUGUUUAAAAGCUCUGAAAAGAGCUUUGGGAGCGGGGAGGACUCGUUGGACCGGCUCCUGCCCCCUACCGGAGCCCCUCGCCGGAAGAGCACUACCUCACUGAGUAAAACUGAACCUCCUCUGCUCCGCACAGGCACACGCACCAUCUACACCGCCGGCCGACCUCCCUGGUAUGACGAGCACGGAGCGCAGUCAAAAGAGGCCUUUGUCAUUGGGUUGUGUGGGGGAAGCGCCUCAGGGAAGACCACCGUGGCCAAUAAGAUCAUUGAGGCUCUGGAUGUGCCGUGGGUUGUGCUGUUGUCUAUGGAUUCUUUCUACAAGGUUUUAUCUCCUGAGGAGCAGGCUUUGGCAGCAAGUAACGACUACAACUUUGAUCAUCCGGGGGCAUUUGACUUUCAGCUGCUGGUUGCCACCCUGCGAAAGUUGAAGCAGGGCAAGAGUGUGAAGAUCCCAGUGUACGAUUUCACCACACACGGACGACAGAAAGACUGGAAAAAUGUGUAUGGGGCCAGUGUAAUCAUAUUUGAAGGAAUUAUGUCUUUUGCGGACAAAGAGCUCCUUCAGCUCCUGGAUAUGAAAAUCUUUGUGGACACAGACUCAGACAUUCGGCUGGUCCGCCGGCUCCGCAGGGACAUUACAGAGCGCGGGCGGGACAUUGAAGGUGUCAUCAAGCAAUACAACAAGUUUGUGAAGCCAGCAUUUGAGCAGUACAUUGAGCCAACCAUGAGACUGGCUGAUAUUGUUGUGCCAAGAGGUGGGGGGAAUAUGGUGGCCAUUGAUCUGAUAGUCCAACAUGUUCACAGCCAACUUGAGGAGCGUGAGCUCAGUGUCAGGGCGCUCCUCGCCUCUGCUCAGCAGACUCAGCCGCUGCCCCAGACGCUCAGUGUGUUGGAGAGUACGCCGCAGGUCAAAGGCCUGCACACCAUCAUUAGGAAUAAAGAAACCAGCCGAGAUGAGUUUAUCUUCUACUCUAAGAGAUUAAUGCGGCUUCUCAUAGAACACGCACUAACGUUUCUACCGUCUCAGCCGUGCGUAGUUCAGACUCCACAGGGCCAAGAGUACGAGGGCCGCAGUUACAACGGGAAAGGGAUCACUGGUGUGUCGGUCCUGCGGGCAGGAGAGACCAUGGAGCCUGCGCUGAGGGCCGUGUGCAAGGACGUCCGCAUCGGCAAGAUCCUCAUCCAGACCAACCUUGACUCAGGCGAACCAGAGCUGCAUUACCUGCGCCUGCCCAAAGACAUCAGUGAAGAUCAUGUCAUCCUAAUGGACAGCACAGUCUCCACUGGCGCUGCUGCCAUGAUGGCAGUACGAGUCCUAUUGGAUCACGAGGUGCAGGAGGAUAAAAUUGUGUUGGUGUCGCUGUUGAUGGCAGAGCUCGGGGUGCAGUCUGUGGCCUACGCCUUCCCGAAGGUCAAAAUUAUCACCACAGCUGUGGACAAGAGUCUGGACGAUUUAUUACAUGUAAUUCCUGGUAUUGGUGACUUUGGGGACCGGUACUUUGGGACAGAUGGGUCCGACACCUGGAGUGAUGAGGAUCCGGAGGAGCCGUCAUACUGACACACACAUCUGUGAGCCUCUGUGAAAGAAAAUACAAACACUUUGUGAAAACUAAAAAAAACUAAACUACAAAUUUUUUUGUGUACUGUACAUGAACCUUUAUACUCUUAUACAACAGAUGAGUCUGGGUCAAGUUGUAAGGAUGAGGGAAAUUUUGUUCUAUUUACAACUGAGUAUGUUCAUCUUUAAUGUUUUCAUACAGAUGUUUCACAGAGGUGAAACAGUGCCAUAACCUUUGAGGUACAAUAAUGCAAUAACAAUAUUAUUAUAUACUAAAUGAUUUGAUCCAGGAUUGUAUCAGCUGUUCGUGAAGUUACUAGUGCCAAACUACAUUGGGUUGCACCAUUAAAACUGAACCAGUAGUCAUUAGA